GAUGUUGAAAGAGUUAGAAUUGACACCCAGGUGCUUAAAACUCCUUAUUUGGAGAAUGAUUUAAAAUCUAAAAAUUGGGAUAUUGAAGGUGAUACAUUAAUUAAAAAUAACUAUUAUGUCAGAUUAACUAGUGAGAAAAAAGAUCAAGCAGGUUCAAUCUUCAAUAAAAACUCUUUCAAUGAUGAUGGGUUUGAAGUCACUUUCAAAUUUAGUAUAAAUGGUAAAGCUCGUGUUAAUGGGUUAAAAGGUGAUGGAUUUGCAAUGUUUUUAACAGAUAGGAAAUUAAAUCAAGGUCCAGUUUUCGGUUCUGAAGAUUAUUUUAAAGGGCUAGCCAUAUUCUUUGAUACUUAUAGAAAUGCACCAAAAGGUCCAAUGUUCCCAUAUAUCAAUGUUAUGAAUGGUGAUGGAUUAACACCUUAUGAUAAAGAUACUGAUGGUAAAACCAAUCAAUUGGCCGGUUGUUCAGCACGUGGAAUAUAUAAUUCAAGAAAUAAUCUUGUUGAUGCUAGAUUGAUUCAUACUACGCAAGAUGGUUAUCUAUCAUUAGAUUAUAAUAUCAAUGGUAAUUGGAAAAAUUGUUUCACAAUAAAAGAUGUUCAUAUCCCAAAAGAUAGAUAUUUAGGAUUCAGUGCAAAUACUGGUGAUUUAUUUGAAAAUCAUGAUAUUUUUGAAGUG